AUGGCCAAGCGUUGUGCGCAGCCGUCAUGUUCAUCUGCGACCGGUUCUGGCGUUCCGGGUCCAUCGCAUAUGACCCUAAGUCCUCGAGAACAAUUCGCCAGUCAUAUGCCACGCUUACUGAACCGUCAAGGUGAACCGCUCAUCGAAACCGUUUCACGUACUGCUCGUGUGCCACCUCCGAAGAUAUUACCGUCUGCUGUUAGACGUGCUGAUAGCUUUACCACUGCACCUGGCAUGCAGUCGUUUCCCUCUUACGCCUACUCAAUGCCUCGUUCACGAACCUCACAAACUGCUGCCGCCGGCAUGGCCGUCCCAUCAAUGAGUAUUGCACAGCCACAGCCUCAAAUGCCCAUUCCUAUUGGCAUGCCCGGUGCCGCAGGUCCAGGUCCGGGUGUCUCGGGCUAUGCUCAGCAAAUGCCAUACUCGACCGCUAGCGCUAUGGGUGCACUUCAGGGAAUGGGACCAUCCGGGAUGAUCGGCUCGAUGUACGCGGCUCAACAACAGCCACCACCACAGCAAAUGCAGCAACCACAACAACGCCCUAUAAUGCCAACGCUUCCUGGUCAACAACGCUCGAUGAGCGAUGUGGUUGGAUACACUUCGAUGCAUCGAUCACUAUGCUCACCGCUAAUGGAACAUAAACCAAGUCUUCCUUUACCCAUACAAGGAGUGCUUAGGCAAACAUCCGCCGCAACAGCGCCGCUAACCACUGCCGCAACUAUUUGCGGUACCGGGGUCCCGUCAUCAUGGCAACAACCGCAAUUUGAAGGUGGAAUCCCUGGAGGUUUGGCGGCUGCACAAGGCACUUCUGCAUCAUCGAGCGCCUAUAAGAGUAAUUCAUUGCCAAGACGGCGAGCAAUAUCUGGAAUGGCACCUAGAUCAGUGAAGUGGCGCAACGAUGUGAUUGGAGGAGUACAUUCUGUUGACGUUGACUCGGAUGGUGCUAUAUCUGCGCCUGAAAUGGCAAUGUCACCGACUUUUACGAACUCUUACCUAGCACAAAGGGAAGCUCGCACUCGUUUCACUGGUCCAGUCCAUGGGCGCACAAUUGAUGAUAUCUUCUCGGCACAAGAAUAUCGCAAUUGGGCCACGAUUGAUUCAGGUGUUCAACCGUACGAGAGGCAGUCGCGAUGGUCACACGCCUAUGGUGAUCGACCGCCCGGUGCUUCUAUUCGAAGUUCAUCGUUACCGUCGCGAGCUAUCCUAUCACAGAUUGGUCGUUUCUCAGUAGGUCACGAACGCGGUGAUGUUCUUGAUCGUUUACACGUAUCACCGCUUAUGAAUCGACGGGUACCACUACGUGCUGCAGGACCUGGUUUUGAUGUGGACACUUUAAACGUGACCUCGUUAACUGGGAUUCUUGUCGUACAGAUUGUGGAAGGUCGUGGCCUAAAGAUGCCAGAACGUCAGAAGGCAUUCACCGAGGAGAUGUAUUGUGUGUUAGAAGUGAAUGAGGUGCAUCGAGCACGUACUGGCGUUUCGACAGCAGACCAGAAGUUCAGAUGGCGAGAAACGUUCGAGAUCGAUGUUCUGCACGCAACUCACACGCAUUUCUUUGUCUAUUCAUGGCAUCCACAAUUCAGACAUAAACUUUGUCAUAAAGGAUCGUUGAAAUUGCUCGAAGCGUUCAUUGUUGAUCGUUUGAAUGGUGAUCGUAUGUUUGCGCUGAAUCUCGAACCAAAAGGCCAACUUAUUGUUCGAAUCGCAUUCCACAAUAUGGCUGUCGUAUUCAGACGGACCGUUAAUUGCAGAUACGAUGGUCUGUUUGGUGUACCUCUGCAGCGUUUGGUAGCGAGGGAUCGUCGGGAAACACCGUUGAUCUUAGCACGUUUGAUACAAGAAAUUGAACAGCGUGGACUUGAUUAUUCAGGACUCUAUAUAUUAUGUGGUUCAGUUGAGAAGAAACGUCUAUUACGCGAGGAAUUGGAGGCUAGUGUGGAGCGAACAGAGUUGACGGUUGAAGCCAUUCCCGAUACUAAUGUGCUCACCUGCUUGGUAAAGGAUUUUCUGCGUGAGCUACCUGAGCCAUUAGUGCCAACAUCGAUCUACAGUAUGUUGGUUGAAGCAUUCGCGGUGGCAUUACCAAACGAUCCACAGGGCAAUCGUCAACUCUUGCUUAGGGUUAUCGACUGCUUACCCACACCGAAUAAGAACACUCUCAUUCUCGUAAUGGAUCAUCUGAAAAGUGUUUUAAACUCGGAGCCACAUAACGGUGUUACGACCACUCGAUUGACGUCUCUUUUUGGAUGUGUCAUAUUUUGUUCACUGGACGCUCCAUCCGAGGCUACACCCAGUUCGUAUCCGCCCAAAGAGGUGCUCAAUCCGGCGGAUCCGGAUCAAGCGGCCAAAACACUCGCUAUGCUACUCGACAUUUGGCCUAGCAGAGUCAAUGGGAGCGAGAGCAGUGGUUCAGAGAGUACCGAUCAGGCGACCGCCACGAAUCAGGUAUCGGAAUCUCAGUGUUGA